UUCUCGCCGUACACAUGAUUACCUAUCAAGUAUUUAAAUAUUAUUUUGAAUCCACCGCGGGAAUUUGGCCGCGUUAUUUUAAAAUAUCUUAGUUUCAUUCAAUAACUAUAUUAAACUUUAACUACAUCAUUUUAAUUGUAAUAAAAUAAUCAAGGACUAAGUUACGUAAUUAAAGAAUAAUAAAUAUUUAAAAAAUAAAUAAGUUACCUAGAUUUUUAAAAUAAAUAAACAAAUGUAUAAAGUUAUAAUGAUUGUGUUGAUAAUUGCAAUUAUUUGCGAUGUUGUUAAUAGUAAAAGUACUUAUUACUAUGAGAAUCAAGGUGAUAUUGUGUUUCCUGGUCCUACGAGUUAUCAAAGGCCACCAGCAGUACCUAGAUUAAUCAAUCCAUCAACAGAACAAAGUUUUCUUGCGAAAUCGAUAGCGUUAGCAAAACAAAUGGAAAAAUUUAAUUCCGUUGAAGAUUUUCUUAAUAUUGUGAAAGGUGUACCGGAAUCGGAAAAACCGUCUUUCAUUGCUGAUCGAAUGGGUAUAGAAAGAUCAUCAUCAAUGGUGAUAGCAAAACCAGCGAUAUGUCAACCAGAAUUUCAAGUUGUACCGCUAAAACCACAAAGAGAUGAUCAUGAUUCUGUUUAUUUUCCUAGUUGUACAAGAAUAAAAAGGUGUGGCGGCUGUUGUUAUCAUAGACUACUGAGUUGUCAACCAGUUGAAAAAAUCAUACGUAACUAUCAGAUUACGGUAACUAAACGUGAUAAUGAUUCAAUUAUCUGGGAAGGUAAAGAAUUGAUACCAGUAGAGGAACAUACCAGUUGCAAAUGCCAAUGUCAAAUAACUGAGGAGCAAUGUAAUUAUAAACAACAGUACAUAGAGAAUGAAUGCAGAUGUGUUUGUUUAAAUCACGACGAUGAAGUUAAAUGUAAAGCUGAACCCCACCUUAAAAUAUGGGAUACUGAUAAAUGCGAAUGUGGAUGUCGAGAUCAAUUAGAUUGUCACGACGGAACUUACUUUGACAAAAGUACUUGCCGUUGUGAAAGAAAUUUAAGAAACAGAGAUAGUCAUUAUUUGUGGCAAGGAAAUGAGAGAAAAAUGACACCGAUACAAGUAGCAGACCCUAGAAGAAAUCACCGAGAUGAACCAUAUAAAUAAUAAUAAUAAUGAAUACCCUAGUUAAUAAAUUUAUAUAUUUUAAUUGUAAAUUUUUUAAAUCAAACGUUCACUUAAGCGGAUGCAAUUAUUAUUAUUUUAAUUAUUAUUAAUAAUAUUAUUAUUAAUUAAUGUCUCUCUCAUCACUCACAAAUAAUCACAUAGCAUUAUAUUUAUUAUAUUUAUCAAAUAUUAAUUAAUCCAUAUAAUUAAUGUAAGAAAAAAAAAGAUUAAAUUUUUUAGAAAAAGUACAACCGUAAUUUGUACUUAAUUGAGUCAUAGUAAAUAAGUA